AUGAUCGGUGCUACGAGGCGCUGGUUCCGGCGCAAUCGCAAACCCCUCGCCAUCGGAGCUGGCGUCAUCGGUGCAGGCUACUUAGCCGGUCAGUAUGUCUUAUCCAAAAUCUCGGAAGCUCGAGAACGGAUGAGCAGUGAUCGCAUCGCCCGAGAAAAUUUACGGAGACGUUUCGAACAAAACCAGACCGACUGCACCUACACCGUCCUGGCCCUCCUCCCGACCGCGGCGGAAGAUAUCCUGGAAGCUCUCCCCGUGGAGGAAUUGACCAAGGAGCUCCAGAAGAAGCGGGCCGAGCGCCUGGCUCGGCUCAAUGCCGCUGAAGGCACGGGGUCGGACAUGACCUCUCUCGCGCCCAGUCUCACCGAAGAGGAUCGUCGCAGCUUGUCCAGCUUCCAGAGCGAAGGCUUCGUUCGCACGAGCCAAUUGACGGAGGCUCCGGGGGAGAACGAUGCUGAGUCGCGGCCCAAGAAAAACAAGACGCAGUUGUGGAACGAAGUCAAGAUCACUUCGAUUACGCGGUCAUUUACCCUGAUCUACACUCUGUCUCUCCUCACCAUCUUCACCCGGAUCCAGCUCAACCUGCUCGGUCGCCGAAACUACCUCUCCAGUGUCAUUUCCUUGGCCACGCCGGCAGAUGCGUCGACAAUUCGUCUGGAGGAUCAUGAUGACGACGAUCUGACGCAAACCUUGGGCAAUGAUUUCGAAACCAACCGACGAUACCUUGCGUUCAGCUGGUGGCUGCUCCACUGCGGCUGGAAGAACCUGAUGAAGGAGGUGCAGGCGGCCGUGGAGGAGACCUUUGGACCGCUCAACCCGCGAGAGGAUAUCUCUCUGGGAAGGUUGUCCGACCUGACACUGGAGGUUCGGAAACGGGUCGAAGGCGCUACGGAGGAGGACCGCAAACACCGCAAGUGGUUGUCCUAUUUGCUGCCUCCUCGGGAGGAGGAGGACAAGCUCUUGGAGGAGUCCGGAGUUCUGGGGGUGACGGAGCCCUCGACCUCCCAGACCGCCACGACGCUGCGCCAUCUGCUGGACGAAACGGCCGACCUGAUCGAUUCGCCGACUUUCACCCGCAUCAUGAUGCUGCUGAACAAUGAAUGCUUUGAGACCCUGAUCCAGCAGUGCACGGCCGACGCGUUCAAAGCCUCGCCGAUGCGCGCUCCGGAGACGGACCCCCAGUCCUUCUCCUCGGUCGCGACGGUGGUUCCGGGCGCUGAUGGCUCCGAGCCCAAGACCAAGCUGGCGAAUGUGUUGGCCGUGAUGGCUCGUCAGGCCCACGUGAUCGGGAACGGUACGAACCCGCCGAAUUUGUAUGUGACAGCGAUGGACCAGGGAGUGCGGGAAUUGGAGGCGUUUGCGGCCGUCAUGUACAGCUCGAAUUUUGAUGUUGAGUUGCUAGGCGCGGGAGCGAAGACGGAGGCUUUGGACGCGGAGGCGGCCGGUUCCGACACGGUGAUUAUCGAGAAAGAGGACAUUGAUGAGCCCGCCCCGACGACUGGAAAUGAGUCUUCUGCAUUUGAGAAGGCAUGGGGAAAGGCCGUGGAAGAGCAACCGGCGAGUGGGAGUGCGGCAUAG